UCAGUCACCAUAUUACUGACGCUGGGAAGAGUCGCUACAAAAACCUGCAUUUUAGUUAAAAUUUUUCAAAAAUAAUACGUAUCAUUGAAACAGAUAUUUCCAUAAUCAUGGGAUCAUUUCCAUUAAAAAUUUGGUUCUUGGUUUUCCUUUCGUGUAACAAUAAGUGCUUCUCUCAAGCCUUACACACUGACCUGGUUGCUCGACUUCCUGGCGCGAUCACAAACUUUGCCUCAGUUUACGAUGGCGACGACUACAUUUACAUGUUUGGUGGAAAUCAGCGAGGCCUGCUACGCAAUGAUAUCUUGCGUUUCAGCAUUUCCUCUGAGACGGUUGAGAUUGUUGGGGAAAUGCCAUCCUACUCGACCUCCUCCUCUGCUCAGAUGGACUCCGCAGGCAACAUAUUCUACUUUGGCAGACAACACAAUGCUGUAAAUUACACCGGGGUGUUCAAAUAUGAUCCAAGCACCCAGGUCGUGACCGACGUCACCUCCCUACCGUACAGCAUUGAUUCCAGUACCUGUGUCAAGUACGACGAAGAUUCCGACCUUGUCUAUAUUUUUCCUGGAUUCGAUGACGAUAUCGUGUCUUAUGACAUGUCAACGGAAACCACCAGCAGGUUGGGACCUUUACCAAUAACGCAGCGGAACAGGGCGGCCGCCCGGGUUGGACGGAAAGCCGUGAUCGUUGGAUUUAUACAAGACGUAUGGUUUCCAGAGACCCGAACUGCACUAAUCUUUAAUCUGGACAAUUUACAAAGCACGGUCGGACCCACGGAUUUCCUCGAGAUAAAAUAUAACCCCUCCAUCGUGUCCACCAGGGAGAAUGUUUACGUUAUUGGAGGAUACAAAACCGAUUGGGCGACACCCACUCGCACUGACGGGAUUGUAAAAUUGAACCCGGCCAAUUUCCAGUAUGAGUUGAUUCCCGUGGAUAAUUUCCCGGUUGGAGCUGCCGGCCAUUGGUUGUCCGCCCCUGGAUCAGUUUAUGUGGAAAAGUUGGACAGAAUUUAUAUGAUUGGAGGAUAUUCGAAUCAAGGAAAUGGCACGUAUAUUGAGCAUGACCAAGUGUGGAAGAUUGAUUUAAAUCCUGGCGCCACAUUUGAACCGACAACUACUACCAUAACUACUACUGAAGUAACGACCACAAUUCCCACGACCACAUCUGCGCCGACCACUGUACAAAUAACUACACCCACCACCCAGCAAGCCACGGACACCCCGGAAGUCGAGCCAACCCAGGGACCAACGACACCACCACCAACCACCAUCACCUGCCCGGCCGAAGGGAUGCAUAAGUUUCCACACCCGGAUAAUUGCUCGCUCUACAUAAUAUGCAUUGAGGGAGGGGCUUCGAUUUAUAGAUGUCCAAUCGGUCAUUUAUUUGAUUUUGGAACACUCGAGUGCAAACCUGAGGAUGAGGUGGUUUGUGGUUAAUGGAUAAAUAUCCCAUUCAAAAAAAUUUGUAAUGAUUAAUCAUCCGGUUAAAAAUUUGACUUAAAUCUGAUUUCAUGGGCAUUUAUAAAAUAUAAAAUAAAUUCGCUAUUCCAUACUAUUAUGUCA